CUUGUUUUUCUCUUCUGGGGUUGUUCUGGUAAUCGCUUCUAGUAGGCGUCGAUUGGUUCAUCGGAUUUCGGAGCUAUUGAUGGGCUCUCUGUGCGCGCGAGUUGAGCUCCAAAGCCCAACGAAUUGAACCAGUUCCUGAUCGUUGAUUUUUUUAAAUCAAAUUAAUUCUCAUCAGUUAGGUUCUGUUGAUCGAUAGUCUCAUUUACUGGACACACAACUCGCAGUGAAGUUGUUCGUAGCUUGGAGCAGAGUAUUAGAUGAACACUUGAUCGUGAUUCAAUUGUGGCUGCUGUCAGAUGUACAGGGUUAAAAAAAAUGACUCAUCAGGAAAGAGAUGAUGUUCCUAUGUUGCUCAGAAAUGUUGAGCUAUCAAGGUUUCCUCUAAGAAGUACUUCAAUGUGUAUACCAGUCAGGGAUGAUGAGUAUGAAGAAAACUCCUUUGUAACCCAUACUGGUCCUCUAUUCAUUCAGCCACCAACUCAGACAGCACCAGGCAUUCCAUUUACAAGUAGAGACACACCAGAUAGGUUGCCUAGACCUUCACAAGGAAAACAAGUCAGCAAGCCACAUGCGGUCAUGCCAGAAGAAAUUGGAGGAAAUAGGUGGUCUUACAGUGGACAAGUUCCAAAGAAUGAACACUUGAUGAUGUCUGGACCUUUGGGACAGUGUGAUAACCCUGACUGUGUCAAUUGCCCUCCUGCUUGUAAAAAUAAAAGACAUUUCCACAGAAGUUCGAAUUCUUUAGACAAUAAGCUUCAUAAUAUUCUUUAUGGUCAUGAUAGUGGGUGGAAGAAGAAGAUUAUUGAGCAAAUCCUUUCAUACAUUCCGAUUAUGAACCCACAUGCAAAGGUUGUUCAGCAGUGGAAUCAGUUCUUCGUGAUAUCAUGCCUGAUUUCUAUUUUCAUUGAUCCCCUGUUCUUCUUCCUAUUAUCAGUCAAGCAGGAUAACAAAUGCAUAGUGUUAAACUGGAAUUUUGCUACAGCACUUGCUGUAGUGAGAAGUGUGACUGAUGUUAUUUAUUUUCUGCACAUGCUUCUUCAGUUUAGACUGGCUUAUGUUGCUCCAGAGUCACGAGUGGUGGGAGCUGGAGAUUUAGUUGAUGAGCCAAAGAAAGUUGCUUUCCAUUAUCUUCGUGGUUAUUUUUUACUUGAUUUCUUCGUUGUGCUUCCACUCCCUCAGGUGAUGAUACUGCUAGUUAUCCCUAAAUAUGUCGGGUUAUCAGCUGCAAACUAUGCUAAGAAUUUAUUGCGCGCCACUGUUCUUCUUCAAUAUGUGCCCCGUAUCAUCAGAUUCGUACCGCUACUUGAUGGUCAGUCUGCCAAUGGAUUCAUAUUCGAGUCAGCAUGGGCUAAUUUUGUGAUCAACCUUCUAAUGUUUGUUUUGGCGGGGCAUGUUGUUGGUUCAUGUUGGUACCUCUUUGGCUUACAGAGGGUUAACCAAUGUCUACGAGAUGCUUGUUCUGCAUCGACCAUUCCGUAUUGUGAUUCUUUUAUAGACUGCGGACGUGGCUUUGAUAUUGAGGGACAGAGUGGACUGAACAGACAGCAGUGGUUCAAUGACUCGGGCGCAAUAGCUUGCUUUAACACUGGAGAUGGUGCUACUUUCCAAUAUGGAAUUUAUGGGCAGGCUGUUUUGCUAACUACAGAAGAAAGUGCUGUUAAACGAUAUAUAUAUUCAUUAUUUUGGGGGUUUCAGCAAAUAAGUACCUUAGCUGGCAAUCUUAUCCCAAGUUACUUUGUAUGGGAAGUUCUGUUCACUAUGGCCAUUAUUGGUUUGGGACUGUUGCUUUUCGCAUUGCUUAUCGGAAACAUGCAAAAUUUUCUCCAAGCUCUUGGAAGACGGAGAUUAGAAAUGCAACUUAGACGCCGUGAUGUUGAACAGUGGAUGAGCCAUAGACGGUUGCCUGAUUAUUUGAGAAGGAGGGUUAGACGAGCAGAAAGGUUCACCUGGGCAGCUACUCAAGGAGUGAAUGAAGAGGAGCUUUUAAGUAAUUUACCUGAAGAUAUCCAGAGGGACAUACGUCAACAUUUCUUUAGAUUCCUUAAUAAGGUCCGAUUGUUCACCUUGAUGGAUUGGCCUAUCUUAGAUGCUAUCUGUGACAAAUUAAGACAAAACUUGUAUAUUUCUGGAAGUGACAUUCUUUAUCAAGGUGGCCCUGUUGAAAAGAUGGUCUUCAUAGUGAGAGGUAAGCUGGAAAGCAUCAGUGCGGAUGGAAGCAAAGCUCCGUUACAUGACGGAGAUGUAUGUGGAGAGGAGCUCCUCACAUGGUACUUGGAACACUCUUCAGUGAAUAGAGAUGGUGGGAAAAUCAAAUUCUAUGGUAUGCGGUUGAUUGCUACACGUACUGUAAGAUGUUUAACAAACGUUGAAGCUUUUGUACUCAGAGCAAGUGAUCUUGAAGAAGUCACCUCACAGUUUGCACGAUUCUUGCGUAAUCCACGAGUGCAGGGAGCAAUCAGGUAUGAAUCUCCCUACUGGAGAACCAUUGCUGCCACUCGUAUUCAAGUUGCAUGGAGGUAUUGGAAAAGGCGGCUGAAGCGAGCUGAGCAGUCAAGGUUGAGCGAGCAAUCAUAUCCCUCUUACUCCAACACGGAGAAUGAUGUUUUCCGGCGUGGACAGAGGGGAUGAUCUCUACCUGACUAGGCACUAACUCGUCAGUUGCAGCUCUUCAUCUACAGCCGCUAGAGCCCUGAAAUUAUCGUCACUUGGUGGAGUGCGACAUGGGGGCUACUAUUUUGGGGUUUGGAAUUCUCUGAUCUGGCAGCGUCAUACAAUCAUACUAUACUCGUAGAACUAAGCUACUGUAUAUAAUGAGAGGCCAGUUCUUUCACGCGUUACUGUUUUGUUCUUGGCGUAAAACAUUACCUACCUGCAUCUCUGCUAGAGCGAGUACGCACACCUGCAUAUUGAAUGCCCAAGAGGUAUCAUCCUAAAUUCCUAGGGCCUCAGUUCCAGUUCUUUGUCAAUCUGAUUAGAUAAAAAGAUGUAAAUAAAUAUUGAGUAUUAUAUAAGUUCGAAUGGAAUAGCUCUACUUCAUAUAUAAGGAUUCAUAUUUUAUCCA